GCUUAUAAAAUCUCUCUCUUUCUCCCCAAGCAUUAGGAAGAGCAAAACUUAUCAAUUGAUAGACAGGGACAAUAUGGGAGGCUGUGCAACAAAGCCGAAGGUUUCAAAGACCGAAGUUGCCGAAAAGCUGGCCGACGAGCCGCCUCCCGAGGCGAAGAAAGAGGUAAUGGUGGUGAUGGAAGCUGCAGAUUAUAGUGAGAGAGUGAAGGAGAUCGUUGGUGACGAUGACGUCAACAACAAGGGCGAUGAGCAUAGCACUCUUAAACGUCGUUCCCUCAGUUUCUUGUUCGAAGAGGUAAAAGAGGAGGAGAAAGAGGUGACGGUGGAAGCUGGAGAUUACAGUGAGAGAGUGAAGGAGAUCGUCGGUGACGACAACGACAACGGCAAGGUCGAUAAGCAUGGCACUCUUAAACGUCGUUCCCUCAGUCUCUUGUUCGAAGAGGUAAAAGAGGCGAACAAAGAGGUGACUGUGGAAGCCGGAGAUUACAGUGAGAGAGUGACGGAGAUCAUCGGCGAUGACGACGACGACAGCGACAAGGUCGAUAAGCAUGGCAUCCAUAAACGUCGGUCCCUAAGUCUCUUGUUCGAAGAGGGAAAAGAGGCGAAGAAAGAGGUGGUGGUUAUGGUGGAAGCUGGAGAUUAUGGUGAGAGAGUCAAGGAGAUCAUUGGUGACGACGACAUCACCGACAAGAUUGAUGAGCAUGGCAUUCAUAAACGCCGUUCCCUCAGUCUCUUGUUUGAAGAGGAGGGCAAGGAAUCGGCUAUAAAGGACAAGGCAUCGACUGAGCUAGUGAAACAAUCACGUAAAGGAGAUAUUCCAAACAGCAACUUGGCCAGUGAAGCCAAACAAAGUGGAAAAUCAGGAGUUAUAGUUGAAGAGCAACUUGCUUUUGCUGCUGGAGAUGCUGUUCAAGAAGAGUCUGAUGAAACACAGAAAAUAGAUGCGGCGACCCCGAAACUUGUCAGAAAGUCGAAGCAGAUGGAGAAAAUCGUGGAAAAAGCCGAUGAGAACGUGGAAAUAAUGUGAGUAAGGCAGUUCCAGAGCUUAUGGUUUGAGCUUAAAAGGAGUACUUUUCCAUGGCAACACAUGCCAUGAUUCUUGGCAUUGUUCGCCGUUUGUGAUCAGAAGUUCAGAACUUAUAGUUUUGGCUUACUUUGAUUA